UCUUGUGCGCGCGACGCAAAGCAUUCUUUUUAAGUGAAUGUAAAAAAAUUUAUUCCAGCUGUGUAGAUUAGCCCUCGCUAGGGUUUGAUGAUGUAGAGCGUGAGCGGAGAGAGAGGCUAUGGCGGAGGAAGCGCGGUGAUCAUUAGGGUUUAGCGAGUUUUUUCAAGUGUCCCUACACUGGAAUCGCAGGGUCCCGGCGCGGAGAAGUCCACUGUUUCAGAGUUUUUUUUCUGCAGCGCUUUUCUUGAAUUGUUCCGUGAUAUGAUGUUUGUCGUGUGUGUCCCCGAUCGAGAUUUCACUCAAUCUAGCUGCUCUCGCCUCGAAUCUUUGAUCUUUCCCCUCGAAUCGGUCCUUCUUUCCAAUCUUUGCCAGUAAAGAACGCAAAUCGUCGCGGCCACAGAGAGAGAGAGCGAGAGAGGAGAAAGAGAAGCUCCGUAAUAUCACGCGGCGGAGCUCCAAAGAUACAGUGAAUGCUGCGCGGCAGCAGAUCGAUCGGAAUUGGAAUCGUCUUGGCGACAUUUCGAUCGAUGCAAAGAAGCGGCAUCUCGAUCUGACCGACACGCGCUCGCUAGCUCCGUUUUGGCGUCCGUGAGGAUGCAAACGUAUGGAGUUCCUCCCGACGUGCAGCAAUUCGUGGUCGGGAGGGGGCCUGGCGGCGGCCACGCCUCGCAUCACAUGUUCUCGAUCUCUUCCCAGGAAAUCCAUCACUCACAGCAGCAGCAGCAGCAGCAGCAACACGCGGUAGCAGCAGUGGCGGCCGCGGCGGCGGCGCACCACCAUCUCCAAAGCUCCAGUGCAUCACACCAGCGAAUUCAGCAGUCUCAUCACCUCCACACCCAGCAGCAGCAGCAGCAGCAAGUCGUCCAGCAGCUAGGACUCAGCCCAGACUCGGCCGAGGCGCCAUCGCCCAUCGCAACGCGGCCAUCUCCAAGCGGCAGCGCGGCCUACAGGCAGACGCUCACGACGAUUGGCGACGACGAGACCACCGGCGAGGAGCGAGGAAUUGGCGGCAAUCGAUGGCCGCGGCAGGAGACAUUGGCGCUGAUAAGGAUCCGGACCGAGAUGGACGCAAACUUCCGGGAUUCUGGUCUUAAGGCGCCGCUAUGGGAAGAAGUUUCCAGGAGGCUUGGCGAGCUGGGAUUCCAGAGGAGCGCCAAAAAAUGCAAGGAAAAGUUUGAGAACGUCCACAAGUACUACAAGAAAACCAAAGGUGGUGGCCCAGCCACAGUUGGAGCUGGCGCUGCGAAUUUGCUGCAAGGCGAGGAUCACAGCAAUGGGCCAUUCCUCCUGUCCAGCGGAAGUGGGAUGGCGCCAACGACGACCAACGGAGCGAAUUCCUCGGGCCAGAGAUUUUCGGAGAACAGCGACGGCGCUGCGAACUUGCUCUCGGAUACCGAUGACGAGGAGUACGACGAACCGGACCGGAACGACAAGAGGAAGCGGAAGAGGAAGUCUUGGGCUUCGCAGAUGCUGUUCCUCGAGAACCUGAUUCGCAAGUUCAUGGACAAGCAGGAUUCCAUGCACAGGAAGUUUCUCGAGGCCAUAGACAGGCGUGAGCAGGACAGGCUGCUCAAGGAUGACGCAUGGAGGAAGCAUGAGCUGGGGAGGAUCCAGCGCGAGCAGGAGCUUCGGUCGCAGGAGCGGUCAGUUGCGGCGACCCGGGAUGCUGCGCUCGUGGCAUUCCUGCAGAAAGUGACUGGCCAGACGCUGCAGCUUCCGCAAGCCAUAACUCCGGUUGCAAAGCAGCAGUCGGACUUGCAGGAUGAGGACUUCAAAGAGCACUUCGAUCCCAACAGCAAGAGGUGGCCAAAGCAGGAGGUGCACGCCUUGAUUCGUCUCAGGAGCGGGAUGGAAUCGAAGUUCCAGGAGCCCGGUGCUAAGGGCCCGUUAUGGGAGGAGAUCUCCACAAGCAUGGGACAUAUGGGAUACAGCCGGAGCUCCAAGCGCUGCAAGGAGAAGUGGGAGAACAUCAACAAGUACUUCCGAAAGACAAAGGACAGCUCCAAACGGCGAUCAGAGAAUUCAAAGACUUGUCCCUACUUCCAGCAAUUGGACAUGCUCUACCGUACCGGCGUCCUCACUCCUCCCAACAGCAGGUGCCUGACUGAUCAAACCGCCGCAGUAAACGAACUCCAGGAACGCCUCAGUGGUCACAGAGAGGAUAGCAGCGGGCAGCCCCCGGAGAUGCUA